UGUGUGAUAAUCUAAGUGAAUUGUUUGAUUUAUUGUGAAUGUUUAUUCCGUAAUAUGUAUUUGAAUUUCCGAUUGACUAAGUUUGCUGCUAGAUCCAUAUCCAUAUAAGUUUGUGUUUUCCACUUAGAGUUUUAAUUUCAUUAGAUUAUUUCAAUGUUGGUAUUCUCUGUUCUGAGAACAUACUUUUCUGCUUCGUAUUUCUUCUUUCUAAUCAAAUCGGUGUAGGAUCCAAAUAACUCCAAAAGAGAAGAAAAGCUAAUUGAUGUGAUUACCAGUUGCCAACUCUCAAUCAUUUAUGAACUUAAUUCAAAGGAAGUCAAAUUUUUAAAGGUUUAAUUAUGGCCAGUUUCUGAUAUCUGAAUAAUACACUAGGUAUCUUUUAUUACAUGAGCAAAUAGUAUGGCAAUUUUAUAUCUUUCGGCCACCUAAACUAAUUCUAGGUGCUGAAUUAGUGCUGAUUCAGAAGUGGAUUGUAAGUAGCUAUUGAUUCACAUAUAUGCCUAAAAUAACAACUUAUAGCUAACUUGGAAUGAACAGCCAUAAUAAUUAUAUACUCAACAGAUUCUUUUUUUUCCCUAAAAUAAUAACUUUCUAACAACUUACUCUACUAAACUCAUAUAUAUUCUUGUUAAUUAGUCUAAAUGGAUACUAGCUUCAAAUUUGGCUCAACAUUUAAAAAUUGCUCGUGUGAGGGAAGCAGUACGAAUUGACAUUAAUUUUGGUAUUCAUGUACCUAAUUGUGUACAAAUAUUAUUCCGGAACCGGAUUUCAAAAUUUGCAUAAAUCUUAAGUUAAAAGUUGUUUGUAUAUAUGCCUAAUGAAAUGAUGAAAUCUUGAAAUUCCUUCAAUUUCUUCUUUUGGUUCUGAAGAACCAAAACAUUGUGCUUGCUGCAGUAACACAACGGCAGUGUGGAAAAGAAGUGAGCAUACUAGACGACCAUGGCCUCAUUUGCAGUUAACCACCUGAUUGAUAUGGUAAGGUCUGCUCUUCAGAAUGAAGCAUCGAUUUUGGGCAGCGUCCACGACGAAUUAAACAAUCUCAGGCUUCAACUAGAAAGCAUGAGAUCUUUUUUAGAGGAUGCUGAGAGAAAGCAACUGGACUCUGAAGUGGAGAGGACAUGGGUGGCAAAUGUUAGGGACGUGGCUUACCAAGUUGAAGACAUAAUUGAUGAAUUCAUGUAUUACGAACAUCAGCAACACAGUGGUGGCCAUUUCUCUCAGUUCCUUCAUCAAAUAAUUCGAGCUCCAAAAAAACUUUGGGUGAUGCAUAGAAUUGGCAUCAAGUUGCAGAAGAUCAACAACAUCAUCAAAGUCAUUCCAGAGUGGAAGCACAUAUAUAAUGUUAAUAUUGUAGAAGGCAUGAUUUCCAAAGAUCUUGCUCACAAAUGGGCAUUAGACCAAAGGGAUUCAUCACGUUUCAUUAAAGAAGAUGAUAUUGUAGGGAUCAAAGAUGAAACUCGAUUGUUGGAGGAAUCAAUAAUGGACGGAGAAAUGCAGCAAACUCUUAUUUCAGUGGUUGGAAUGGGGGGAUCAGGUAAGACAACACUGAUUGCCAAGACCUAUAAUAAUGAAAGAGUGAAGUGCCAUUUUCACUGCUAUGCAUGGGUUACCAUUUCUCAAACAUAUACAAGAGAUGAAGUAUUCAGAAGCUUGAUCAGAGAAUUCCACCAGUCAAGGAAGGAACAGCAGCCUCCUGACUUGAGUAGCAAAGGACAUGCAGAGCUUGUAACGAUUCUUGGAAGCUACUUAGAUUCGAAAAAAUACCUGCUUGUCUUGGAUGAUGUGUGGGAUACAAAUCUGUGGCAGGUAAUAAAAGUAGCACUUCCAGAUGAUCACAUUGGAAGUCGGAUCAUGCUUACAACUCGAAAUGAAAGUGUAGGUUCUUUUUCUUUUGGUGUUAGAAGCCACAUUCUCCAAAUUAAACCACUAAAGGAAAGUGAGACCUGGCAUCUCUUUUGCAUUAAAGCAUUCUCGAGUUAUCCUGAUGAACCUUGUCCAAGAGAUCUUGAACCUUUGGGGUUGGAACUGUUGGGAAGGUGUAGAGGUCUACCUCUUGCAGUUGUGGCUUUGGGUGGUCUCAUGUCUUCCAAAAAGUCAAUAACAGAGUGGAGGAGUGUUUGCAACAACCUGAACUGGCAGCUAAACAAUAAUAACAUGCUAGAAGUAGUGAAAAGUAUUUUGUUGCUUAGUUUUAAUGACUUGCCAUCCCCACUAAAGCAUUGCUUCUUAUAUUGUUGCCUUUUCCCAGAAGACUAUGUAAUUCGACGUAAAAGGCUCAUUCGACUUUGGAUAGCAGAAGGAUUUAUUCAACAAGUUAAUAGGGUUACCCUGGCAGAAGUAGCUGAGAGCUAUCUUAUGGAACUUAUUUCUCGGAACAUGCUUCAAGUUGUAUUGAGAAAUGAAUCUGGAAGGCCAAAAGCAUGCAAGAUGCAUGAUAUUUUGCGUGAGCUUGCCCUGUCAAUAUCGGAGAGGGAAAAUUUCUGCAUUGUUUAUAAUGGACAAGUAGUGACUGAGGAAUGUAAAGCUCGCCGCUUAUCUAUCCAGAUAGCUAAUGUGGACUCUAAAUCAUACAGAGGUAUGUCACAACUUCGUUCAUUGUUUGUGUUUGUGAAACACUCUGUGUGUUUCCCCAGUACGUUGCUAUCCAAAUUCAAAUUGUUGAGGGUCUUAGAUUUGGAAGAUGCUAGGAUUGAGAAAUUGCCAGAUGUGAUAGAGGUUCUAUUCAACUUAAGGCACUUGAACUUGAAAGGAACCCUAGUGGCAGAGCUUCCACAAUGCAUUGGAAAACUUCGUAACCUGGAGACCUUGAACAUUAGAGACACACAAAUAAAGGAACUUCCAAAAGGAGUAGCUGAGUUACAAAAUUUGCAAAAUCUAAUUAUGUAUCAUUAUAAUCGUGGGCCUGACCAUCAUUUUCGUUAUGUCAGAGGGACUCGAGCACCAUUUAAAAUUAACAAGUUGAAGAAAUUGCAAGUCAUGUCUUUUGUUGAAGCAGAAGGUGAUCUAAUAAGGCAACUUGGAAGCAUGAAUCAAUUGACCAGAAUGGGCAUUUCAAAUUUGGGAGCAAAGGACGAGAUGGUCUUAUGCACUUCAAUCCAGAAUCUGAAGCUCCUACGCUAUUUGUUUCUCAUGGUAAGCGAUGAGGCAGAGGUCCUUCGAGUAGAUGCAUUGAAAACACCCCCACCCCAGCUUCAAAAGCUUAUUUUGGUUGGGAAAUUGGAAAGAGUACCGUGUUGGUUUGACUCACUUAAGUACCUGACAUGUAUGUAUCUGCAUUGGUCUAGAUUAAAGGAAGAUCUUCUCCCUCACAUUGCGGCACUACCCUGUCUGGGAAAUCUUGAUCUAGAUAAUGCCUUCGCAGGAAAAGAGCUACAUUUCUCUGGGGGCUUUCCUAAACUUAGGAGUUUAUGGUUGUCUAAUUUCCCUCAGCUGAGAUUAAUAACUAUAGAGGAGGGGGCGAUGCCAAAUAUCCAGCUGUUAUGUCUUGCCUCCUGCAAGGCAUUAAAUGCACUGCCUCGAGGUAUGGAAUUCCUAACCAAUCUCCGAACUCUAUUGUUGUCAGGUUCUUCAAGACUUGUAGACAGCAUAAAUGACAAGGAAAGUGAAGAUCAUUCAAAGGUGCAACAUAUCCGAAAUAUUGAGAUUUUGUAAUGUGAAGAUGGAGAAAAGAAACCAGCCUGUUUUUCUCCAAAGAAAAUCAGCUUCAGCUUGAAGGGUGAAAAAAAGAUUCAAUUUGCAGUCUCUUUUCUCAAAUAAAAUGUGUGAUGUCCGAAAGCUAUAUUGGAUCAAGAAAGAAUUUGUGUGUGAAUUGUGUUUUGUGUCAGAAUAAAUGUUCCUGUUGGAGGGAGGAAAAGCAUUGUAUUAUUGACAUGAAUGAUAUUGUGCCGAUAAAUUGUAGUCCGCGUUGCACCAGAUCUACGAUUUGUUGAUCUUAGUGUGGUCAUGUACUUCAUUUUGAGUGUAUUUCUCCACUUCAAUUAGCACUGCGAAAUCAUUUUUCCUUU